CCCAGCGGGAUGGCUUCUUCUGGGGCUGCGGGGGCUGCAACUGGAGAUGAUGUUGGCAGCAGCAGCAGCGCAUUCAGUGAUGCAGGUGAGUUUGGUGGCCGCCUUGCAGCAGAGCCCUUGGUGCCAGUGGCUUUAGUUUGCUUUCCUGCCUUUUAUUCCAGUGGUCCUAGCUGAGACACAAACCCUAAAAGUCUUACUGACUUUCAGGAAGAGCUUGGAAGGAACCUUAAAGCCUGAUGUCUCUGCAGCCACGUGUGCACGGGGAAUGGCGCUGUGAACCGGGGGUGGGCUGGAGGCGGAGGCGCAUAUUUGGCAGCUGUUUGCCUAAGAGUGGGUGGAGAAAAAAAGGCGGAAAUGCCAUCUCCUCUCCCCGAGAAGUUGGGGAACCCUCUCUUGGUUCUUCCCUUACGGUCUUGAAGUAGCGCCAGUCUUGCGUUCUAGCUCAUUCAAACGCUUUGGCUUGGUUUGCAUUGCUAUUGGGGCGGAAAAUUAGCCAGUCUCUCCACGUCCCGCCCCUCAGACUUCUUUUCGUGCUUUGUUUGGCAUCGGGAAACUUGCGUUAUUUGCGUCAUGCGUCUUCCAGGUAUGAAACUUUCGUUCCUGGACGUUUCUGUGCGAUCUCUUGCAGUCUUCUUCCGCAGUGAAGAAAUUUUGUGUCCUAUGAGCUCUCUCACUUUCUCUACUGAAGGAUCCUCAAAAGGAAAAUAUUGCUGCUGGAAGCCUUGUCAGAGAGCCGAAAUAGCACUAUGCUCUCUUAGCUUCAGAGACGAUUCGGAGCGCUCUGGACUUUUUCAGUGACUUUGUUCUGACAGUAGGGAUUGUAUCUUGGAGCCUCUCUCCCUGCCAGAAAGUCCAGGUGGCUGCACCACUUUAGAAGGUUCCCCAUCUGUGCCUUGUAUCUUCUGCGAAGAACAUUUUCCCGUGGCUGAACAAGACAAACUUCUGAAGCACAUGAUUAUUGAGCACAAGAUUGUCAUAGCUGAUGUCAAGCUGGUUGCUGAUUUCCGAAGGUAUGUUUUAUAUUGGAAGAAGAGGUUCACUGAGCAGCCUAUCACAGAUUUCUGUAGUGUGAUAAGAACCAAUUCCAAAGCUCCAUUUGAAGAGCAAGAUGAUUAUUUUUUAUUAUGUGAUGUUUUACCAGAAGAUAGAAUUCUUAGAGAAGAACUACAGAAACAAAGAUUGAAAGAAAUCCUAGAACAACAACAGCGUGAAAGAUAUGAUACAAGCUUCCAUGGGAUGUGUAUGUUUUGCAGUGAAGAAUUCACAGGCAACAGGUCUGUCCUUUUGAACCACAUGGCAAGAGAGCAUGCUUUCAACAUUGGACUGCCAGACAAUAUUGUACACUGCAGGGAAUUUCUUGAGGUCUUACAGAAGAAGCUUGACAACUUACAGUGCUUGUACUGUGAAAAGUUCUUCAGAGACAAAAAUACACUUAAGGACCACAUGAGGAAAAAACAGCAUCGCAGGAUCAAUGCUAAGAAUAGAGAAUAUGACCGAUUUUAUGUCAUUAAUUAUUUGGAGCUUGGAAAAUCCUGGGAAGAAGUUCAGUUGGAAGAUGAUCGGGAGUUGCUAGACCAUCAGGAAGAUGACUGGUCUGAUUGGGAAGAACACCCUGUCUGUGCCGUUUGCUUAUUUUGUGAAAAACAAGCAGAUACUACUGAAAAAUUAUAUAUCCACAUGGAGGAUGCACAUGAAUUUGAUCUUCUGAAAAUAAAAUCAGAGCUUGGAUUACAUUUCUAUCAGCAAGUAAAACUGGUUAACUUCAUUCGGAGGGAAGUUCACCAGUGUCGAUGUUAUGGCUGCCAUUUGAAAUUUGCAUCUAAGUCAGAAUUAAGGAAUCACAUGGAGAAAGCUAAACACAUAUCAAUGCUUCCUGAAAGAACCACAUGGGAUCAGCCACAGUAUUACUUUCCAACCUACGAAAAUGACACCCUGCUGUGUGCAUUGUCUGACAGUGAAGGUGACCUGAGUGCUGAGGGGCUGAAGGAGGAGGACAUCCCUGUCAUAAGUGAGGAUGUCUCCAAUCUGCAGGCUCUGAAACAAAGCAGCGUUUUGAACCAGUUGCUACAAGGAGAAGGUUCAAAAAACCAGAGAAAACUGUAGCCAACAGCAGGAAUGUUGGGAUGGCUUUCAUACCCAAGCACAACUCAGAUUUCCACACAGGAUUUAAACUUAAAGAGGACCUUGGAGAUCAUCUUGUCCAACCCAUCAUUUUAUAGAUAAGAAAAUUCAAUUCCAAAAAGAUUUUGUGAUUCACCCGAUUGUGAUUUGUGAUUGUGAUUCACUCACUAGAGAAGACUAGAAGUAACAACUAGUACCAGUAUUCCAACUCAGGUAUCCUGAUCCCUAGAUGGGAGAUCAGUCAUAAAAGGAGAAAACAUGGAAUUUCAGCGGGUCAUUAUUUGAAUUAAAAUCACCUGCCAAGGAAAAAUGAAGUUCAGACUAUUUAAAUCUGUGUAUUCUUUUGUAAUGCUUGUAAUUUCUAUGUAAGUUAUUCUGAAUAAAACUUCGACUAGAA